AUGGCGCAACAGUUUAAAACACCCCCUCACGCCCCUCAGUCGUCUACAUUUUCAUUUCAGCCAAUCCCGACCCGCGACACCGCCGCCGUCCCUCAACGUCGCACGAAUGUCGCCGCAACGGCCCCCCGCACUUCCACCAGCUCCACACCCCAUGACCCACUCGAGCAGCUCCCGCCGCGCGCGCCCGCCGCCGCCGAUCCGUCGCAGAAGCGCCGCCGCCACAGUACGCACAGCCGCAGCCGCACGCCGGACAGCGCGUGCGACGCGCGACUCGAGCGCCGCGCGCGCAAGAAGUCGGCCAAACUGCUCGCGAGUUUGGGCUAUUCGGACGACACGAACCCAUUUGGCGACGCGCAGUUGAGUCGACCGUUUGUAUGGACGAAAAAGGGCACAGACGCCAUAAGCGAUACAAAUGCCAAGUCACUUGUCGCGCAGCGGCGGCGCGUGGACGACAUCCGCCGCGCGCGGCAGCGACGCGACGCCCGCGAAGCCGAACAGGACGAGCGCGAGCGGCUCCAGAGCGAAGAGCUGCGGCUGAAGGACGCGCUGCAGUACGAGGACUGGCAGCAGAAAGAAGAGCAGUUCCACUUGCAACAGGCCAAAGUGCGGAGCCACUUGCGCAUCUGCGCGCGCCGCGAGAAACCAGUGGACUUAUUGGCAAAGAAUUUGCUGCUCGUGUCGGCGCAGAGCGCUGUCGCCGACGACAGUGCGUUGUUCCGGACGGAAAUGGGCCGUAUUCGCGUGGAACAUCGACGACCGGACGCAAUUGUCGAGGGAUUGUCGAAAAAAGAGCUCGAGGAGCUCCAGGACGAUGUGCUCACGUACAAGGAGCUCGAAGCGAGCGGCGCGGGCGGACUGAAUGCCGAGUUUUGGACGCUGAUGCGGCUCGUGUGCGACGAUCGGCUUCGGCGGCUGCAACGAGACGACAGGCGGGCGGAGCGAGGGGCGAUCCACGACGCCGUGCAGGAGACCAUUGACGACAUGUUGAGGGGCAAAUGUGCCCUUGAGCUGCAGACGUUGCAGCGUGACGUGCGUGAGACGAUUGCAAGUGCGUCGAACGGCGCAACGGGUGUGGAUGUGGACUUUUGGGAGGAAGUGGCGCAGCAGAUCACAGUGUGCCAAGCUCGAGCGCGACUAGCAGAGCUGCACGAAGCGAUGCUGACGAAAUUAGCGGAUCUCAUGGAGGAACACGAACAGCGCGCGGCAGAAGAAGCAGCGGCGCGGGCCGCGGAAGACGAGACGUGUGGGGUCGUGGACGAACAUGGACGCGAUGCGGGGCGUGCGGCACGGGAGAUGGAACAGUCGUUUGCGCAGAAGGGCCUUGACGAAGCUGAAGAGCGACUUGGUGCAUCGGAAGAGGUGGCACUGAGCGACGCGAAAGCGGUCCCACGGUGGAGCGAAAAGUACCAGCCACGCAAGCCGCGCUACUUUAAUCGCGUCAAGACGGGGUACGAGUGGAACAAGUACAAUCAGACGCACUACGACCAUGACAACCCGCCGCCCAAGGUCGUGCAGGGCUACAAGUUCAACCUCUUUUACCCCGACCUCAUUGACAAACAGACGGCGCCACGGUUCGUUCUGGAGAAGGCGAGCUCGGAUGAGUUUUGCAUCAUCCGCUUCUCGGCAGGACCGCCGUAUCAGGACAUUGCGUUCAAGAUUGUCAAUUGCGAGUGGGAAUACUCCCACAAACGCGGCUUCAAGAGCGUGUUCGAGCGCGGGAUCCUGCACCUGUAUUUCAACUUCAAGCGCCACAGGUAUCGCCGGUAG